UAACUCACUCACUUCUGAGUGGGUUUAGAUUUAUCUAGUUUUUCAUGACUGAUACUUGGACUAGUCUUAUUUGAAAGACAUCUUCCAUUCUCUGGUUCGCUACCUGGAUGGCUGAGCUGGCCAGCUUCUGCUCCUUCCCAGGUGUGUUAGCUGGAAACUGGGUCAGGAGGGAAGUGUCUGGAACCUGAACCAGGAUUCUGGUGCCACAGGCGGCAGCUUUGUCCACCUGCUAUGCCCCCACACCGAAUGCUGUGAGCAGCCGAGCACCGGGGCGGUGACCUAAUUAGGCUUUCUCAUUUGGCGUCCCAUCCUUCCCCGUUGCGGCUCUCUCAUCACUUUGGGCGUUGAGCCUGUACCACAGGAAUGCAGAAGGUAUGGAGAGACUUCAGAAAACUUUGUGGGAAGUAUAAUUAAAACAUUUAUUUUUAAACAAUUUUCAAGUAAAACAAGAGGGAAAGACAGGAAGUAGUAAGGUUAUUUUCAUGGAAAACGUGUAUGAGAAAUUAUGCAUUUUCUUAAAAAAUCUGAAUUGUAUCGCUUUCCUGCAAGCUUUCUGAAGUGCUCAGGCAUAACGUGCUACAACAGUCUGAGCCUUGGGUGGCUUGGUUGCUUUUUCAGAUAAUUCUUACAAGACUAACUCUUCUUCCUUCCUGCUGUCUUUCAGGACCCAGCCACAUGUCAUUCUACGUGCGCGCUCACAAGGGGUCCACCCUCUCGCAGUGGUCUCUGGGCAAUGGCACCCCGGUCACAAGUAAAGGGGGGGACUACUUUGUCUUCUACUCCCACGGACUCCAGGCUUCCGCGUGGCAGUUCUGGAUAGAAGUGCAGGGCUCGGCGGACCAGCCUGAAGGCAUGGUCACUGUGGCCAUCGCCGCCCACUAUCUCUCCGGGGAGGACAAGAGAUCGCCAGCACUGGACGCCCUGAAGGAGAAGUUUCCAGACUGGGCGUUCCCCUCCGCCUGGGUGUGCACCUACAGUGUCUAUGUGUUUUGAUCUUGUGACUGAGCGUGAAGCAUGUGGCCAGUGGAUAAUUCCUGUGACACAGUCUCUCCCUGGGUCACGUGGAUGUUUGUAACUCAAGUCACUGAAUUUUAAUGGAGAAAUGUUGGAAGAACUUCGGUUAGCACUUUUCAGGGCCCAACACUGCAAUGGUUAAGCUGUGGGACAUACAUGGCCUGCUGACACUUGACACUGCCAGUCCUCUGGCACUUAAGCACAAGCGGGCAUCGCCACUGUCAUUCUGUGACCUUCAGGACAGAAGCCCAUGACCACCGCAGUAGCCACUCCUCCAGGAUCAAGGACAUAAACUGAGGCCAUCCUUAAGGAGACAGAAGUCCUAGCCAGCCCGCGUGCUGCCUCAGGGGAAGCAGCUCUCGAGGUCUAACUGGGGGGCCCUGGGAAGGGACAGUCCUGCAGAUGGGACACUGGGCCACGCAGUGGACUUUAGGCCCCAGCCUGUGCUGAGCCACCUGGCCCCGAGGGGAGCAGGCUGGGGUCACCACAAGUUGACAAGGGGUCCCCGAAACGGACUCUUUCCCUCUGAAAUGUGCUCCACUUCCCUAGGGAUUCUUGCAGACUUUUUAGGUUCCAAAUUAUUUUCUGUGCAAGUCCUUAACUUCCUCAGCACUGACCUGCCGCUCUGGUUACCAUGGGGUAGAGCAGAG